GCCCCCCGCAGCCUGGGGAGCCCGCGCCCCGGACCCGCCGAGCCAGCGCUGUGGGUGGCGGCGCGAUGCUGUGCUUCCUCAGGGGGAUGGCUUUCGUCCCCUUCCUCCUGGUGACCUGGUCGUCCGCCGCCUUCAUCAUCUCCUACGUGGUCGCAGUGCUCGCCGGGCACGUCAACCCCUUCCUCCCCUACAUCAGUGAUACAGGAACAACGCCUCCAGAGAGUGGUAUUUUUGGAUUUAUGAUAAACUUCUCUGCAUUUCUUGGUGCAGCCACAAUGUAUACAAGAUAUAAAAUAGUAGAGAAGCAAAAUCAGACCAGCUAUUUCAGCACUCCUGUUUUUAACCUGGUGUCACUAGUGCUUGGGCUGGUGGGCUGCAUCGGAAUGGGCAUUGUCGCCAACUUCCAGGAGCUGGCUGUCCCUGUGGUCCACGACGGUGGUGCUCUGUUGGCCUUCGUCUGCGGUGUGGUGUACACGCUCCUGCAAUCCAUCAUCUCUUACAAGUCGUGUCCCCAAUGGAACAGCCUGCUAACGUGCCACAUACGCAUGGCCAUCUCUGCUGUGUCCUGUGCAGCUGUUGUCCCCAUGAUUGCUUGUGCAUCAUUAAUUUCUAUAACCAAGCUGGAGUGGAAUCCAAAAGAAAAGGAUUAUAUUUAUCACGUAGUGAGUGCGAUCUGUGAAUGGACGGUGGCCUUUGGUUUUAUUUUCUACUUCCUAACAUUCAUUCAAGACUUCCAGAGUGUCACCCUAAGGAUAUCCACAGAAAUCAAUGAUGACAUUUGAAGGAGGAAGAAUUCUGUCACUGGCAGUGAAAGUCACAGAUGAUCUCCUCACGUGGCACAGAGGACAGGCAGGGUGUUAGCAUUGCUCCACCUGGAGUGCAACUGUGACCCAUCCAGGACUUGAAUUUCCUUAAGAAUUCCCAAUAGUUGUACUAUUUCCAAAGUGGUUUGGGCUUCGCCAUUCUCAGACAACUCUCUUCAACCUGGACAGUUAACCACAGAAAUUGUUCCAUGGGCUAGACAAAGUGGGACACCGGGCUUGGCAAACGGAGAAGGCCAAAGUCACUCCAGACAGUCACGUUCUGCUGAUUCUGUGCAACCUCUAAAGCUGGCCUUAUCCGCAUUUUACUGCUACUUCUCAUGUCUAUGAACUUGGCAUUUUCUUGGAUCUCCUGACUAAAAGAAUAAAGUGAA